CUGUGCAUUACCAAUUAGAUAAUUAAAUGUAUGACUAAUUCAAACGGAUUAAGCCAGGGAACAUUUUGCUUACUAUAACCUACGCUAUCCGUCUAAGGACAUGUAACCAAUAUCCUUUGUUACCAAUUCACGACAUGAAGUGGUAUGCAUAACCGUGUCAAAAAUCGGGCUGACAUUGUUUGUGCCAUAAUAUUUUGAUAAUGUAUGCCUUGUAUUUUGUGGAUUAAAUAAACGAAUAGACCAGCACAAACUAUAACCUCAUAUAGCAGCUAAGUAUUGAGACCUCGCCUCCGUCAGUCCUGACAAUUUUCAAUAUUUGCCGCCACACUCUCCUUUCUUUUCCCGGUUGUUGUUGUUGUAACUCCCUUUGUUAUUGUUGUCGCUGCUGUUAUUAUUGUUAUUGAUGGGCAUCGAUUCGUCCUGUUGGUUAGGAUUUGGCGGCGCCCGCCUUCGUCGACCAGUCCCAUCGACAGACGACACCCUCAGCAUAUGCCAGUUCGCAGCGGCGCGGAUAUUGGCGCGAAAACACUAACAAAAGCAUGCAAACAGUCGUUAGAGCGGCGUAACAUACUCGCGGCGCCUAUGAUAGAUUUCGAUGUUAGCAACAUUUAGGAGUAGCCGUACUACAGAAGCAUAGUCUGACGUAAUGAUGUCCAAUAGCGGUUCCAGGGGCAUCUUCACAGAACGACAGUGACAACCAGUUUUGGUGCUAUAGCCAGACUGAUGGCAGUGAUGGCUGGUUCGUGGCUUGUUUUGGCAGCAGCGACGUUGAACAACACCAUAAGCGGCUGCUGCCUCUUUGUAGUCGUCGAUAUGCUGACUGCUGGCAAGGCGAAGCGCCCUCUCUCCGCGGCUGUGCGGCUGACGGGUGCGCCUGCCCUCUCCCGGAGCCGAGGGGUCGAUAGUAAAAAGCGAUGAGCGCGCGUGCCGGGUCCAUUAAAUGACGCCUCCAGCCCCAGAUUUCUCAGCUCUUUUGUGGCUCUUCCUCGAACCUCGCGAGGUUCUGGUCAAGGUCUCCCGUGCAGUGUCUUGACAGACCUGCAGAGGCAUCCGAGAACAAUAUGCCUUUCUCCGGGAAGACGUUUGUGCAGUGCUUGUUUAUCGGAGCGGUGCUAGCGGGCAGCCAUGGGGCGUCCAUCGGUAAUGUCACCGUCGUGUCCACAACCACGACGGCCUCCACGACAGGCAAUAACAGCAAGAACCCUAUUUCGGCCAAUAGAGUUCUUACACCCGACCAAACACAAUCGCCCUGUGUGUGUCUUGAUCGAUACAAAAAUAUGGAGUGUGGUGACGCCCUUCAGAGCGAAACGGACGAUGCCAGAUAUUUCCGAUUCGAGAUUGUGUGCCGGAAAUUGAGCUCAGGUGAGCCUCUGCAGCAGCUGUACCGGUCUUUACGGAUUGAAUCACCAGAGGCUCAGUUCGUGAUUUCGGUGCACGAGUUGACCAUGCAGGAGGUGCCCGCCCGAUUCCUGGCUGGCGUCAAAGCUCUCAUCGUUCACCUGAAUACAAGCUUCGUGCAGACGUUCGACUUGGCCGCCUUCGAGGGGCUUGAGACCCGAGUUUUGGACUUGAAGAGCCUUGCAGGUGUGCCACCUCCCUUGGAAGCCAUCAGCCGAAUCCCGAAACUGGGCACACUUAUGCUGCAUGGCUUCCAUCUUGAAGUCGUUUCCAAGGGCUUGUUUCCGGAAAGCCUGAUGACUCUGGGGUUGUCAUCAUGCGCCGUACGUCGAGUGGAACAGGACGCUUUUCCCCGAAGCCUGGUGGCACUCAACCUGAACGGAAAUCCGGAUCUGACAGCGCCGAACCUCUUGAACGCCUUCCGGGAUAUGUCACGACUUCGUACGUUGUAUCUGAAAAACACCGGCCUGAACAACCCGACCAAGGACGUUUUCAAAGGUCUUAAGGGCCUCACUACACUCUAUCUCGUCAACUGUAAUAUCAAACAACUUAAUGAUGAUGUCUUUACAACGCUCCCGAAACUUGAGUCGCUCUUUCUUGGCCGGAACUCACUUCGCCAGUUUGGAUUCAUGCUUAGAACAAAUGUGUCAAAUCUUAGUAUUGAUGACAACAACCUGACCGCUUUGGAUGAUGUUUUGUUCGACAAGAUUGGAGCACGCCGUCUACGGUCACUCAAUUUAAGCAACAACGGAUUUACUGAGGUGCCACAGGCGCUCCGGCAUCUCAAGGAGCUGACAUCGCUCCUGUUGUCCGGCAACCAUAUUGGAAAGCUAAAUUGGUCUGCCCUAAAUGGCCUUCGCAAGCUUUAUACUCUGGAGAUGGGCCAUAACGAGUUGAUUAUGAUCGAGGGCUCGCCGGAUCUUCCUGAGCUGUGGUCACUUGAUCUUUCUGGCAACCUCCUUGAAGAUCUGCAGGGCACGAUUAGGACACUUCCGUUGGGCAAACUCGACCUAGCCGGUAAUCGUUUCGAGAAAUUGAGCAUCGACGAGCUCCCAACUACGUUACGAAGUAUCAAGCUUGAAGGUAACCCCCUUCACUGCGACUGGCAAGGUGGAUCCUUCGAUGCUGAGCUGUUCGAGCGUCUCGCUAACUUGGUCCGGUCAAAUUACGGCGCGCCCUUCACCGAAUGCCCGCCUCAGAAGCACCACCAAAUACGUCAUUAGUUGUUGUUAAUAAUAAUACAAAUAGUAGUACUAAUAAUGAUUAACUAUUUAGCUGGUUUUCCUAUUUUGAUGUAAAUGACGAUAGGCGAAAACAGAGAGAAAGAAAAAGACAGAGAGGGCGAGAGAGAAAAGGCCUAACGAAAAAGGCUAAGCGAAGAAAGAAACCAGGAGCGAAGCACAGGUCAAGGAGGCCAACAAAACAGCGCACGCGCGGGGUGAAAAUACGACAAGUCAACUAAAAACAGUAGUAAUGAACAACUUUCGUAGUAAGUUACGAAGGAGAAAGACAGCUCCUAACAAACCUUAACGAACAACUAAUCUAUCUCCUCACCUUACGCCGCCUUUUCUUCCUUAGCCGCCAUUUCAGAACAGAGAAAGAGAUUCUAUUUAUUAAAUUAUUAAUUAUGAGAAAACUUUCCCCACAUUAAUGUACUCAUUCAAGCAUAACUAACUUAUAAGUACCACAUGAAAGAUAUCGCCAACGUUUUCUAUUUCCGUGCGUUCCCAUCUGAUGUCACUCUUGAAGAGCGGCAAAUUCAUUCUGAGGAGCAGACUAUAAUUUGCUGUCAGAGCCAUACUAAUAGAUCUUGAUCUGGAUUAAUAUCCAUAUAGGUGAUCAUAUAGAUAUAGACUUUAUAGAUGCUAAUAACUUAUUAGAUAUCAGCGAGCGAUUCGUCAAUCAAGCCUUUGAUUGGCCUUGGACAAAAAACUGUACUUUGAAAUGUACUGUUUGUUUGUUUGUUUGUUUGUUUGUUAAUGGUAAAAAGUAUGUUAAAAGAAAAUGAGAGCCCUAUACAUACAGAUAGUCACAACAUUAAUACUAAACAAUCGUCGAUUCUGAAAAUAACUCUACAUUAGAUUAUACCCCAUGAUAUUGUAUCAACUACCCAAUCAUAAUAUAACGAGAUAAAACACACUUUCCGCAACGUGUUGAACCUUUUAGAUAAAACGAACUCUUCUCGGAGAUGCUCCGUUGCAACCGUAUUAGUAAAGCCCAAGGGUGUGCCCUUAUAAUUGUUUUCUAUGCUAAAUGACAGUGCACCUCGAUAAAAUGAAUCUCACUUAAAUAGACCAUUGGCUGGAUAUUGGCUGUAAAAGAACGCGCGUAUUAACAAAAAAAAAAAAAAAACAAAAGAAAA